AUGGACGCCAAUUCAUUCAAUCCGGAGUUGCUGCCGAUGGUACAGCCUGUGGGGCCAGAAGCCAUUGUCCUUGAGCAUGGGAAUGAGCUUGGCGCUGAUCCCGAAGAUGACGUCGCCAAUGAGCCUGGGGACGAUUCGGAGGAUUGGAACGAGGGUGAGGAGGAGCUUGACGGUCAACUCCCGAUCCUGAUACCGUGGCACGAUUCCGAAGUGGAAAACGCGGUACGGCUGGAUGGAGUCCCGGAAGGCUCCUAUGUGGUGUACCAGUGGCUACACGAGAAGGCGCUGCUCAUCAGAAUCGACGAUCCAAAGCAGCGG